CAUUAAAAACUUGGCUGCCAAGAAAAUGACAAAGGCACAAAAAGAAAAAAAGGGUCGGUGAUGAUAACGCCUGGCACCCACCCACCUGGCAAUCUCUGCUUCAAACACACCACUUCCACAACAAACCUCGCACAAAACCCGUUUCCCUCUCUUCUUCCAUUAUUUACCCCUCAAAUUUUCCCAGGAAACAAACACUAUGUUUGAUCUCAACGCAAAUCCACAUGAACACCCUUUCCUGUUCAACAGUGGUACAGAGNAAAUCACAAGUGACACAAGCCAUGAUACUUGGCAGGCCAUGAACUAUGCCUCCCGGGCUCAGAAAACAGCUCAGAAUUAUGCAAACUACAGGAGCUGGCACAGCAUGGGAGCUCGGAUAAACGAGGGAGCUUCUACUGAUGAUGACGAAUACGACUCCGGUGUUCGCUCGCCACCGUUGUGGGAAACGGCAAGUCGUGUGAACAACUACCGGAGCUUGUCCCCUGCUUCUAGAACGCAAGCGAUUGCCAGAGGGCAGAGGGAGAUGAUGGAGAUGGUGAAGAACAUGCCCGAGUCGUGUUAUGAGCUUUCGUUGAAAGAUCUGGUGGAGCAUAAGAAGCCAAUGGUGGAUGAAGAAGAUGAUCGAGAUCAAAAUGAAGAAGAAGAUGAUAAAAGUACUCAAGUUUUGGUUAGGAGGGGAAAUCUAAAUGAAGAAGGGAAUUAUAAGAAGAAAAAGAGUGAGAAGAAGAAAUUUGUUAUGAGAAGUGGGAGUAUAGAUAGUGGGGGGUUUCUUUUGAAGAUGGUUUUCCCAAUUUCUUUGGGGCUCAAUAAGAAAAACAUGAACAAGAUCAACAGCAACAACAACAACAACAACAACAAGAUGAAGAAGAGUGACAGUGUGGUGGUGGGUGCAAAUAGCAAUAAUACAACAAGUGCAAAGGUGUCUCCAAAGCCUCAGGGGCAGGGGCAUGGGCAGGGGGUGGAUGGAUCUGUGAAGGGGGGUGUGGAGAGUGAGUGGUGGAAGAUGAAGAGGCUUUCUGUUUCUGAAAGGAGUGAAAGUGGUGUUUCUAGUAUUAACAGUGGAAGCAUGAAAAGCAGUGGCAGCAGCAGCAUUAGCAGUUCUAGCACCAGAAGCAUCAGCAGCAGCAGCAGUUUAUGGGUGCAAUAUUGCAGGCGCAAGAAGGGUGGCUGCUGGUCAUUUAUCAUGCUCAAGAAGAAUAAGAGGCGGGAUUGAUUGAAGGAGUUGCCUUCUAGAUAUAAAAAGCUGGAGAUUAAUAUUAAUUAAAUGUUUGUGUAAUUAUCUCUCAAAUAAAAAAAUGCUUAGGUAUACAUAUAAUAGAAUAUUGCAGACGAAAUUUUCCGUUGCUUAUGUAUAGUCUUGCAGUUUUUGAAAGAGAUGGUAAAUCUUUUUUCUUUUCUUUUUUUUAUAAUUAUUUUAUAAAAUCAUUUCCUGUUUUAUUGGAUUAUAUAAUUCAACAUCUGCUUGCUGAGAGCUGAGUGUUGCUUUCAGUUAUUCAACCGCUUGGACGGUCUGUAAUGAAUCCUAUCCAAUAUGGUUUACUGA